AUGAAAAUUAAUCCAAUGAGAGAAAUAAAAAUCAAGAAGCUUAGUAUUGUUAUUAAUGUUGGAGGAGGAUCUUCUAAUAAGCUUAAUAAUGCUGCUAAGGUUUUAAAACAGCUUACAGAUCAAGAUUGUCUUUUUAGUAAAGCAAGGUACACUCUUAGAAAUUUCGGUAUUAGACGUAAUGAAAAGAUUAGUGUUCAUGUUAAUAUUUCAGGAGAAAAGGCCAUGGAAGUUCUGAAAAAAGCUUUAAAGGUUAGAGAAUAUGAGUUAUCUAAAAGUUGUUUUAAUGCUACUGGAUGUUUUGGAUUAGGUAUUAAUGAACAUAUUGAUUUAGGAAUGAAAUAUGAUCCUGAUAUUGGUAUUUUUGGAAUGAAUUUUUAUGUUGACUUAAAGAGACCUGGUGAUCGUGUUUCUAAAAGAAAGAGACAUAGAAGUAAAAUAGGUAAUAAACAAAAAAUUACAAAAGAGGAUGCGCAGAAAUGGUUUGUAGAUACUUUUGAUGGUGUCUUACUCGAUUAA